GUGGAGUGGCGUGUAUAGUCUAUCUAUAAAAACUCCAGUUUCUUUUACAUUGAAAAAUCCUCCCCUUCCAGAUUCUCUCUCGUCCCAGUUCCCGAAGGGCCAAAGGAGAGGAUCUUCUCUCUGGUUUAAUUUUUUGAGGGAGAGGUAGGGUUUUUGCUGAGUGAUGGCUUCCAAGCGGAUCUUGAAAGAGCUCAAGGAUCUCCAGAAGGAUCCUCCUACCUCUUGCAGCGCUGGCCCAGUUGCUGAAGAUAUGUUUCAUUGGCAAGCGACCAUAAUGGGUCCACCAGAGAGUCCUUACGCUGGUGGAGUGUUUCUUGUUACCAUUCAUUUUCCGCCAGAUUACCCAUUUAAACCACCUAAGGUGGCUUUCAGGACAAAGGUUUUUCACCCGAAUAUUAACAGUAAUGGAAGCAUUUGCCUUGAUAUUUUGAAGGAACAGUGGAGCCCAGCUCUUACAAUCUCAAAGGUGUUGCUGUCCAUCUGUUCUCUGUUAACAGAUCCAAAUCCGGAUGAUCCUCUCGUGCCAGAAAUUGCUCAUAUGUACAAGACCGAUCGAAACAAGUAUGAGACAACUGCACGGAGCUGGACCCAAAAGUAUGCCAUGGGUUAGCAGAGCAGCUGUAGCUUCAUGGGAGGGUUCCUUUCCGUUGUGAAAUUAAACUCUUAUCUAUGAUAUGGCCUGCAAAAUGAAGUGUAAUAUGUUCCUUAUAUUGAGUGGACUGAAGAGAAAACAACGGAAUCCUGCCUCAAAAACUCUCUUUCUGGUUUGUAAUCUUUUUUAGAAUUGUUUAAUCAUGGUUAUGUGGUUUGAUCCUCA